AUGAUACGUCUUGAUCGGAAUGAUCUGAUCUCCUUCCCAGAUUUUGUGUUUUGGGGAUUAAAUCAAACAAAUAUCCUUAAACUGGGCCAUAAUAAGAUUUCUUCUUUAUCUAACUGUACAUUUUGUGGACUAGACCAGUUGAUUGAAUUAGAUUUAUCAGAUAAUAAUUUAAAAUAUUUACCUGAAGGCAUGUUCUUCUGUAAUAAAGUCUUACAAAAAUUAAGACUUAAUCAAAAUAAGAUAAAAAGCUGGUCUGGAAGUACAGUUUCUAAUCUAUGCUCUUUGAAUCACUUAGACCUAUCUGAUAAUAAAAUACAAAAUAUUGAUAAAGGUACCCAAACACUUCCCUCAUUAGAAUAUCUAGAUCUUUCUUUCAACAAAAUUUUAUAUUUUGGUAUUUUUUUCCUACAAACCAAUCUCAAAAUACUGAACAUAUCUAACAAUGGUUUGUUAAGGAUUUUACCUAAUACCUUCUCAGGACUAACCAACCUAAAAGAGCUCUACCUCACCAAUGAACUAUUGACCGAAUAUACCAAACCUUUCCAAGACCUGAGCAAUCUUCGCAUAUUGGACUUAUCAUCUGCAAUACAGAAACCAACUUCUGAUACCAAACUGUUUGCAAAUUUAACAUCUCUUACCAGACUGUUUUUAUGUAAAAACAACUUACAUAGCAGACAUUUAUUUGAUACUUUGACUUCUCGAUCCCUAUUUACAAGUCUUGAAACUUUGUUGACACUGGACUUGAGAGAGAAUGACCUGGAUAUGUUAGCACCAGGAACUUUCAACCCCCUCAAAAAACUUGAGAUACUGCUGCUUUCUCAGUCAUCAGUAAAAGUGUUGUUUACUGGUGUUUUUGAAGGUUUGACUUCUCUUAAAGCAUUGGAUCUCAGUGACAAUUAUAUCUCAUCAAUUUCUGAUGAUGUAUUUCCAAUACAAUCUCAGCUUAGUGUUUUGAACAUGAGCAAUAACAAUCUUGGUAUUAUUUCCAUGACCCUAUUCAAUAUAAACCCAGAUUUUCAAAGUCUUUACAUUCAACAAAACAAAAUAACUACAAUAAAACGAGGGACAAUAUUUCCCAAGAAUUUCACAAUAGAUGCAUCAAGAAAUCCUUUAGGCUGCACUUGUGACUUGCGUUGGUUUGUGAAGUGGCUACGCCUCAGCAACGUUGAAGUCAUCCAUCCAAAUGAUACACUUUGCUCACAAUCUUCCAUCAAAGACAUGGUAGAAUCACCAAUCCUGUCAUUCAAUCCAGAUAAAUACUGUGGCAUCAACAUCCUGCUUAUCACAAGUGUGUCUUUGACAGGUAUUCUGGUUGUAGCACUUUCUUUGUUAGCAUACUGGAAGCGAUGGUGGUUCAACUACAAGGCGUUCCUUCUUCGACUUGCCAUUUGUGGCUACGAGGAGAUGGUCCAGGACUUUGAGGACCAUGAUUACGAGUACCAGCUCAAUUUAAUGUUCCAAGAGGAAGACCAGGAAUGGGUCGAUGAUGUCAUGAAGCCAGUUCUACAGGAAAGGUUUCCUCAUCUUGAGAGAGUGGUCUUUGGUGACAACGACCUCCACCUUGGAAUGUUCUACAUAAACGCUCUCCAUUAUGCUGUUGAGAACAGCUUCAAGACUGUUCUCUUACUAAGCAACAACUCUGUACGUGAAGCCUGGUUUAUUACCAAGGUACGUAUAGCCCUAGAGGAACUCAAUGACAGCAGACUGGACAAGGUCAUACUGUUUUUCCUUGAGGAUAUUGAUGAUGACAAUCUCCCAUACCUGGUCAGGUUGUUCCUGAGUAAGAACAAACCUUACAUGCUGUGGACAGAUGAUGAGGAUGGCCAAGAACUAUUCUGGGCACAGUUUGAGAAAAGCAUGAGGUCCAAUAAGGAACUCAAUAGUGUUAUCCCUGUUUAAUUGUAUGGCCUGUUAUCUCCAAAUAGUUGACCUCCUUAUUCCCUGAUGUUGCUAAAUCACUGUUGUUACCACAAAUGCGUCAAAUGUAACACAAAUCUAACAUAUAAGUACAAGGUAUAUUAAAUAUGUAUUAGGACAUACAUAUUAGUCAUUCCUGUUCAAAGAUAGUAACUUAGCUAUUCAUCCUAGUGGAAAUUUUAUAGGGCUAUUUAUUUUCAUUAUAUGUUUAAUGAAAUGUAUGACCCUUAACUUUGCGACCCAACAUCAAAAUCAGAUCACUUUCAGCACCAUUUGCAUACAUGUUCAUGAGACAAGUUUGAAUCUGAUACAUCCAUCAUUCUUAAGAUAUCACAUCUCACGCAUACAGUGACGUUUAUGACAUAGCCCUUUUGCCUAAUGACCCCAAAAUUUUAUGUUGAUCCAUUAAACCACAUGCGGGGGGGGGGGUGGCUGCACUGACACAACUUUGAUUUCCUCUUGGCCCUGAUCAAAGCUUAUCUAAAGGUCAACUGGGUCAUUUUUGGGGACCCUUUCAGAGGUUGAAAGAGCCACAAAUACUAAUAGUGCCAAAACAUCUGGUCUAAGGAGCCUAGACAACUCCUUCUACUAAUGCAUUGAGGUGUGACUACGAUAAAUGAAUAGUGCAUUUGUCUUGAAGAGUAUAAAUUUAAAAUGGAAAACAAUGAAUUCAUUUUUUCAGACUAAAAUUAAAUGUUAGUUUUCAGGCAAGCCUGGUUGUAGAUAUCAAGCAGUAAAACAUGGCUGAAAAUAAUACAUGUAUGAUUCACUUUGACAAGUUGCAUAUAAUUGUUCCUUUGCACCGGUUCAAUAAUGAACAAUUUACUCGGUUGCUUUGCAUGACUACAGGUAUCCCAAAAUAUGCAAAGAGCACUAAGAGUAAUUCAAAUUGUAAAUAUGCUAGCAGCAGUGUUAAUGAUUCUCACUAUAAUAAAUCAACAUUGGGAUUGUAGCAUGGUAGUCACAUCACUGCAAACCUCUGCAAUUUGGCAGUCGUUCACAACAUGGUUAUUUGUGUCGUUAUCGCUUUAUGUAUAUAUCUACUGCAGAUAAUGUAUUAUUGUAUUGAUAUUUAUCAUCAUUGUAUGUUACUAUUAAAGUAGAUUUGAUCCAACGGCUAACCCAAUUGGGUCCCGGGCCUGGUUCUCAUUUUAUGUACAUGAUUUUUAAUAAAGACAAGAUAUAACACCAAUUUACUAUACUAGUGUGAAUGUUAUCAAUAUCUAAGAAGAGUUACGUUAACACCAUGGCCCCGUUGCAGAAAAGUUACUUUUAUGGUACCAUGGUUACGAUGCUCAACAGCCAAUCAGAAUCAAGGAUUCCAUGAAAGAUACCAUUGGAUGGCAAAGUUACUAUAAUAGUAAGUUUUAUGCAAUGGGGACCUCGUGUGAACACAACCCCUAAUAGUCACGUAUACUUGUAUAAAAGUAUAUUGGUGUUAUCUUUAUUUAAUGCUGUAUAUAGCAGUAUCUGUAUUAAUGAUAACCAUACAAAUAUAUAUUAAUGUAUAUCAAGGCUUGUGACAUUUGACCUUUUUGCUCUAAAUUUCUUCUUCUUACCAUAUAUGUACAUACAUGUACUUGGUUGUGAACAUUAAUAAAGAUUUUGGCGAAGUGGGAGAAAAAAUAUUUGAAGGCCUACAAUGAUCUGUA